AUGUCUGGUUUAAGAGUGUCUGUUCAUACCGUGCCGCCAGUCCCUUGUGUUGACCAUGUGUCACAUCGGCAGAAUACCACAUGGUCUCCCGAAACCUGCACUUUGAUUUACUCGGAGAAUGAAGCUGUUCUUGUUGAUACUGGGAUCACAAUCAAUCAGAACAAAGAAUUGAUCAAGUGGGUCGAGAAGACUGCACCGGGACGAAGGCUCUCUUAUAUCUAUAUCACGCACGGCCAUGCGGACCACUUCCUAGGCCUCCCUUUGUUGCUGCAGCACUUUCCAGAGGCUAAGGCAGUGGCAACUGAAGCAACUGUCCGUCACAUCGAGCAGCAGAUCUCCGAACCGGUAUUCUCCUUGACAUGGCUUGCGUUUUUCCCGGGAGAUCAACUUUAUACUCAACACCAGCUACCGGAAGCGCUCCCAAAAGACAAUAAAUUCUUGCUGGAAAACCGAUGGACUUUCGAGGCAAUUGAGUGUGGGCAUUCCGACACAUUUGACUCAACAAUCCUGUGGGUUCCAGACCUGAGACUGGCUGUCUGUGGAGACGUUGUAUAUGGCGAUGUCCACCAGAUGCUUUUCGAAGCGAACACUCCAGAGAAGCGAGAAGAAUGGAUCAGAGCAGUUGAGAAAGUUGAGGCGCUUAAUCCAAUUUACGUGGUGCCUGGUCAUCGAAACGCGGAUGAAAUGGAUGGCAUAUGGCAUCUGGAGGCAACAAAGAAAUACAUUCGAGACUUCAUCGGUCUGUUGGAAGAGAAGCCUCAAACUGUAACUGAUUUGUACUCUGCUAUGCUUGCGAAGUACCCUAACAGGUUUAAUCCUAUGGUCUUAGGCUGGGGCUGUACUGGAGCCUAUGUGUCUGGCGAAGUUCCCUCAGCCACCUGA